AUGUCUUGGGGAGGGUUUAAAAAAGCAAUUAAUAGAGCAGGUGCCUCGGUCACUGUUAAAAGUGUUGAUAAAACAAUGGAUAAAGAUUUUGAUAUAGAAGAAAGAAGAUACAAGACAUUAAAAACAGCAGGAGAAAGUUUACAAAAGGCAUCAAAAGGUUAUUUAGACAAUAUAAGAGCAGUUACAAGAUCACAGGUUACAAUUGCUGAAAUCGUAUCUAAUUUAUAUGAAGAAUCAAAACAAGGAGCAUCAGCAUAUUCAACAGUUGGUACAUAUUAUCGACAAUGUGUUCAAGAUUUUGAUGAAGAAACUGUUAAACAAUUAGAUGGACCAUUUAGAGAAACUGUAUUAGAUCCAAUUGCAAAAUUUGCUCAUUAUUUUCUUGAAAUUGAAGAAGCAUUGAAAAAAAGAGCUCAUAAAAAGACUGAUUAUGAACAAUGUAAAUCAAAAGUUAGAAGAUUAAUUGAUAAACCAGCAAAAGAUGCAGCUAAAUUACCAAGAGCUGAAAAGGAAUUAUCAGUUGCAAAAGAAAUUUAUGAAGAAUUAAAUGAUCAAUUAAAAAAUGAAUUACCUGAAUUAAUUGCACUUCGAGUACCAUUUUAUGAUCCAUCAUUUGAAAGUUUAGUCAAAAUUCAAUUAAGAUUUUGUACCGAAGGUUAUUCAAGAUUAGCUCAAAUUCAACAAUAUUUAGAUCCAAAUAGUAGAGAUGAUUAUGCUAAUGGAUUAUUAGAUGGUAAAAUUGAUGAUUUAUUAGGACAAAUGCAAACUCUUAGUAUUACAUCACUUGGAGUUAAAUAG